UAAAGAAUUUUUUUUUUCAUGACUUUUCCAGGUCUAAAAAUCACACUUAUAUUAUUCCCUCAUAUACAUCUUGAUGUUUAACAGUUUAAGCCUAUUUGAAAACCUUGUUUUGUCUUAGCUCUUUAUCUUUCGAUGCCAUCCGACUAUUCUCAGUCCUUGCAUGCCAUGGUCUCAUGGAAGGAAUUAUGAACAUGAAGCCUUGUCUGUUCACAAACAUCUUCCAAGUUUAUUAUUACAUCAACAGAUUAUAUGGAUGUAUUCCAAGGGGUGGUUCAGGGAUUUAUCCAAUAAGAAUUAUACACUACAUCUUUUAUGAAUGUAAGGGAAAAAACAAGUACAUAUAAGGAAUACAUUUGGCAAACCAAAGGAUUUUCAGACGGGCCGGUUCAGGCCGGAUUCAGUGAACCCACCAACUGGAGGGCCCUUAUCCCCUUGUCCUCAUUUGAACAUUUGAACUCAUGAGGAAAUAUACAUAUAUAUAUACGCAUGUGUGUAUAAAAAAAAGGGGGGGAGGAGGGAGCGAGACACAGAAGACAAGGAGUGAGAAGGGAGGAGAGAAAACAGACAGGCAGACUCACAGCAGAGAGUGUGAUAGUCUUAUUUUUUAAUCUUUCUAGGUUGCAGCCCGCAGGACUAGAAAUGAUAGAGUCGUGAUGGAGAGAUGAAUGACUGAAACCAUCAUCUUAUCAGUAGUGAUGGAGAGGAGAGCAUGUGAUCCUGGUUCUCAGUGGGAUUCUCUGCUCAAGCAUUGCAUCUCCCACAGAUCCCUGGGACUGACGCCAUCAGCGGUUUCUCCGCCGGUCCUGGAGCCGGUGCUAAACACCAGAGGUCUGGAUGAGUCCUGGUCCUCCAUCAGUCCCAGCGUGUGGAUCUGUGUGGGGCUGGUCGUGAGUGUGUCCGUUCUGGUGCUGCUGCUUUGGUUCAUCAUCUACAGACGCCACAGCAGGACCUCACAGAGCACAGGUGAAAAGGAUUCUACGCCUCACACCCCGACAACCACAGAACAGGAAGAGGAAGCCGUGUCACCUUGGCCGCACAUCAAUAGCCAAACACAGGAAGUGCCAAUCAAAGAGGGACCCUGUGGGCGGAGCCUGUGUAAUGGAUGGGCAGAGCACGGGCUGCCACUUCCUGCCACAGAAUUGGGAGACUCCGCCCUCGUCACCACUAAAACCGGACAACCUGUGUGAGUCUGAAGAGUAAUGUGAACAGCAGAAUUAAUACAGAGGGCAAAGAAUCCAACAUACUAGUUGUACACUUGAUAUGAAUCCAGCUCGUAUUCAUAUUCACUUCAACCUCUAGACCUCAUGAAAAUAAAAAUGCAGUUCUGUGGCUCUCAGUUCAUGAUGUUGUCAGAGAACUUAACAUGGAAGGAGAUGCAGAAAACGAUUCACCAUCAGUGGCAUCCGUCAGUCCUCAACAAAACCUUUUAAAGAUGAAUAUUUUCUUGUGUAUAUUUUGGGAGAUCUCCAGUACACAGAUGAGAGCCAUAUUUGUUCAUUAAUGUUUACUUGGCUUUGUGAUGAGUUGCUUAUGUUCUGCUUGCUUUGGAUAAAAGUGUCUGCUAAUUGCAUAAAAACAGAUGUAUGAAUCCCCCCCCCCACUGAUUGUUCAUUAAUGAGCCAGUUUGGUUAAUAAACCAUCUAAAUAAAA